ACGGCCAGCCUUUCGAUGCCACUACUACUCGAUCUUCCUCUUCUUCCUGCUCCUAGCUACCAGAGUCUUCUCGAUAUAAUGAUCAUGGAGAAGAAGAGGCAGCUCCCAUCACUAACCCAGCUGGCCAAGAUAGCCGUUCUCCUCCUCCUCUUCCUCCUCACGCCCUUCGUGCCUUCCUCCCUCAGGUCCCCCUACCUCUACCUCCUCUUCAACGUCCUCGUCGUCUCCCUGGGCGUUGAGGCCGGCUUCCUCGCUGCCAUCUCUGGUCCACGCGACGAUAAGAAGCCGCCUUCGUCGUCGACCACGGCAUCAGCAUCCAGAAACCUUGUCAAGCCAAGUGACAGCCAUGCUGCUGUGGCCAACGCUCGCUUGGUUAGUAGCACUACUAGUCCUACCAAUACUCAAACCCUGCCCAACUCGCCCAUCAAGCUGCUUGCAGAUGCCGUAUCGGCCAAAGACGUUGUCGUGGCGACCAGCACGGCAUCGACGGCAAUGAAGAAGAAGAUCAAGAAGUGUCCAUCGAGGGCGAGCAUCUUCUUCAUCGGUAGCGUGGAUGGGGAAGACGUGGACGUGACGGUUCAUGAGGAGGAGGAAGAGAAGGAAGGGAGGAAGGGUGCCGGGGAGCUGAUGACCAAGCAGGAGCUGUUCACCAAGGCGGAGGCGUUCAUCGGCAACUUCUACAAGCAGCUCAAGAUGCAGCGGGAGGAGUCCUGGAACAAGCUGCAGGAUCUCUACUACCACCACCACUACAAGGCCAAGGCCUUGUAGCUAGGCUUUCUCUAGUCUCUAGCUUUCAAGAACUCAAGUAGCUCAUAAUAGAUAGCAUAUGCAUGCAUGAAUCAGAUCAGUACUAGCUCAUAAUUUAUAUAUUUGUGAUGUAUGUCUGGUGCAGAGCAUUAGGAAACACAUGUUUGCAUUUGUUGGAAAGAGGCAUGCGCCUGUAGUGGAGGAGCAGAGAGGAGCCAACAUAUAUUUUGUUGUUGGGUCUCCCUCAUUCUUUCCUUCAUCCAUAAAUUACUUUGGAUGAUCCACUAAUUAUUUUCGGGUUAAUUACAAGGUUAAAGGAGUUCUUCUUUAA